UCAAUAUCAACAGUUCGUGUGACAUGUGGCGCAUCCACCGAAAAUAAAAGUGCAAAUAUAUUUAUUUUAAAAAAUUGCAUCAGGCAGUUAUGCAAAUCUCCUAAGGUGCAGACAGCGACACCUAUGUCUUUGUCAAAGUAAUUGGUUUCGAAUGAAAACACCGUGGCUAUUAUUCCAAAUUAAUGGAUUCAUUGAGACGCACUUCACCUCCUGUGGAGGCAGCACUUCCUCCGGGGAUCAACGGCGUGAGUAUUCUGUCCAGAUCCGCCACUGUGUUACACAUACGCAACAAUUAUAAAUACUUUUUAAAAAAAAUCUAAUUCAAAGUUGAGACUAUACUUCGAGUCCCUUGGAAGCUGGAUUUAGUUUAUUAGAGCAUUUAUUGCCAGACAUGGAGACAAUGGGCCUUGAAUGAAAUCUCCAAUCAGCUUCACACCUUGUUAACGCCACCAUUAGUCUCCCUUUACAUUGGCUGAUUGGCGAUUUACAUUUGCGACCAAAUAGCAUCUUUACUGCUGUUUACCGAGGGUUUGGGGGCCGCGGAGAAUAGACAGGGACAUUUGAUAUAAAAAGUGGAGUCUCCAGGACCCGGCAGUCACUGCGGCUCCAAGUUCCAGACUGCUCGUGCGCUUCGAGGACAUUGGUGAAGAUGAAGAUGCUGACGCUCGCUCUCAGCCUUGCUGCACUGGUUUGUACGAUUCUUGCGCGGCCUUCGUUAAACUACCUGGAGAACCAUUUCACCGGAGAGGACGAGUCCAAUGAAGUUCGAUCUGCUGCCAUUAAGAGGCUUUUGGAGGUUUUUGGAAUGGAGGAUCCUCCCGCGAUCCACGGACACAAGCAGGCGCCGCAGUACAUGCUUGAUCUGUACAACACUGUGGCCGAUGUGGACGGUGUGACCAAGGACCCGUACCUUCUGGAAGGGAAUACUGUGCGCAGUUUCUUCGACAGAUUGCGUAGUGAACAAGUGGAGUUCAGGUUCAACUUGUCCACAGUGGCCACCACUGAGAAGAUCCUGACUGCAGAGCUCCAUCUGUUCAAGCUGAGACCUCAGGCAAUGCUGGCAUUUAACAGACAUCACUUCUGCCAGGUCAGUGUGUAUCAGCUGCUGCCCACCACAAAAAACAGCAGCGCGCACGGCAGGAAGCUUCUGUCUUCUCGCCUCAUCCCUGUCCACUCCACAGGGUGGGAGGUGUUCACCAUUACCCAAGCUGUCCGCUCCUGGAUGGCAGAUGAGGGCAACAACCUGGGCCUCAGUGUGGUGGUGCAGACCCUGGGUGGAGGCCAGAUGGACACGAAGCUGAUCCGCUUUGCUUCAGGACGCCACCACCACCAAAGCAAGCAGCCCAUGUUGGUUCUCUUCACCGAUGAUGGACGCAGGUCUGCCACUGUGGAGAACGCAGACCCAAACGACACAGCAGCCACUUCCAGUUUGCCAGAGGCCCCUCUGUCUGGUCCGCCUUCCCGCAGCGCUCGAUCUCUGGACUACAGUGAGGAAGAAGGCGCGUCCACGUCCUGCCAACGGAUGCCUCUCUACGUUGACUUUGAGGAGAUCGGCUGGUCUGGAUGGAUCGUCUCUCCCCGGGGCUACAACGCGUACCACUGCAAAGGCUCCUGCCCCUUCCCUCUGGGUCAGAACAUGAGGCCCACCAACCACGCCACCGUGCAGUCCAUCAUCAACGCCCUGAAGCUGAUCAAAGGCAUUGAGACACCGUGCUGUGUGCCGGACAAGCUCUUCUCCAUCAACCUGCUAUACUUUGACGACGAUGAAAAUGUUGUGUUGAAACAGUACAGCGACAUGGUGGCUGGGAGCUGCGGCUGCCACUGACACAAAGUCCUCUGGACUCGGUGACAGUCCGAG